GAGCUGCGCCUAUCACAGAGAGAAAGAGGAACUGGUGUACAGUCUGCGGCUUGUCGUAGUUUCAGAGAUGCUUCACAUCGAGAAGCAGUGAAGACUUGAGCGGAGGUACGGCAACGUCUCGGUUCACAUGAUCCCAGCGACCAGAGCCUGAUUUUUAAUCAGCCGGUGUUUCUGAAUGGAGCAGCAGCCCCCGCGGGGUCUCUGUAGCGUCGCCUCUUCCCAGUAUGCAAGCGGCGGGGCUGGGGUCUCCACCGGUCAGCCCUCCAUGCGCGUGUGCAUUACCUCCACAACCGGCAGCCCGGUGGAGCUGACCGUCCCCCGAGGAGAGACCGCGGAGGCCCUGAAGACACGCAUCUCCCAGAAACUCAGACUUCACACAGACAGGAUCGUACUCCUGCAUAAAGACAGGCACCUGACUGCAGGGACGCUCUUGGACCAGGGUGUAACAGAUGGCAGCAAAUUGACCCUGGUCCCGGUCAUUGAAGCUGGUUUAUUGUGCUCGUCGGGCAGGGCUGAGAGGACUGUGGUGGAUGUGUUGGAAAGUUUAUCAGAAGUCCAGAUCAGUGACUUCCUGUCUGGGCACUCACCUCUGACCAUUAACCUUGGAAUUGGUGCCCAUGUGAUGUGUGUGGAGCUCCAGCUGUCAGCACAGGAUGUGAAGGAGCUGCAGCAGGAUUCAAAGGCUCAGCUCAGCGGCGAACAUCAAACUGGCAUGCAGACGGCCAGCAGUAUGAACCAUCCUCACUCUGCCUCAGCGCAGACCUCCACCACAAAACCCACUACCUCACCCUCUUCACAGACCUCAUCUGUAGCUCCGGACUCUGUUCACUCUUUAUCCUCAAAUCAGUUUAGCACUCAGGGACCUUCACUGAACUCUGCAGCAAACCCUUUGGACUCAUCCAGUAGCAUCCCUGCCAUGAACUGUCAUAAUCCCGCUUCUCUUCUUAAUUCCCACUCUGAGCACAUGUCUCCCAAUGCCCCUACAUCUCCAUCUGUGCGCUAUGGUUCUCCACAUCCCGGCUGUCCUCUUCAAGCAACUGCACCAGUCUGUUCAGCUGGUCCUAUCAGCUCCAGCCCUGCACCCCUGAGCCCCACAGCUGCCCCAACCUUCACAGAGAGUAUUGUGAAUCCUUCAUCCGCUGCAGAGCUUUCAAAGCCUCCAGGAGCUGUCAUAGAAAGUUUUGUGAGACACUCACCUGGCAUCUUCUCUGGGACUUUCUCAGGGACCCUGGCCCCUUGCAGUCAGAGCGGUUUCAGUCAUCCUCGACGUGGCGUCGCCAUUAUUCUCCAGAUCCUCAAUGACCUCCUCAGAGCAGCCUACCACCACCAGGGGGCUCCAAGCUCCCUCCAUCCACACCGCUGUCCUACUCCACACCCUGCAGAGGAGCCAGUGAUGCAGAGGACAGAGCACCUCUGCAUACCUCCAGCUGAUGAGAGUCCCGUGACGCACUCGUCCACAGAGGAAAAUCAAACAUUGCACUGUAAGCUGGAACACCUCCAGGUUUUGAUGCAUGAAAGACGUCUACGCAGGAGGGCUCGCAAGACCUCGCACCUCUCUCAAGGCUCUCAUCCAUACCAGAAUCGUCACCAUCAUCCCUGAUCUCUGAAUGUAAAAGAUCCACUCACUAGAACAGACACCAGAGCCGACCUUUGACCUUGACAUACAGGACUACAAAAAGGAGAGCCUUUGUUAGUAUUUUUCUACAAUCUGAAGCUAGAUGUCAGAAACACCCAAAGGGGUCUGAUUGCUGUGGCUUUCUGUGUGUGACGUGUAGUCUGAGUCUGUCCCUCAGUGACGACGGCACUCGCUGUCACAGUAUGUAGCACAUCUCACGAAAGGCUCUGAUAUAUCUGUAUAUUUUCGUGUUGCUGUUUUCGUUCUCUGCGUUCCUCUAUGUAUUCUGAUGCCUUAAUUGUACAUGUUUUGAAUGUGAAACUGUGUUUUGUUCCAUGCAAAUAAUGAUUCUUGAAAAUAUCUCCUUUAUAAAGUAUUCAAAUUUUAAACACAAGGAAGCAAAAAAAAAAAAAAAUGCAAAGAAUAAAGGGAAAAAAAAUCCAAAAUUUGACAGUUUUUGU